AUGAAUGAAGACUUUAAAGAAACAACGAUCAGCCACCCAAGUGAGAUUCUGGAAGAAUGCUCUAAUAAAAAUAGAGUCCAAGUAGCUGAAGAUGAUCAAAGGGAUAAUAUUAUGAAAUCCACUUAUGACAGAGUCCAGAUGACUGAAAGUACCAGAAUGCUGGACAAGAAAAAUAAUAAAGCAAGGGAAUUGGCAAGCAAACCAGAAGAUGACGAGUUAGUACGAGAU